GGGAGGAGGGAGCAGAUCGGACCCUGCGAUCUGUGGUAGCAAUACGGACCGUCCGAUUUGUAAUGGAGAAUUCGGACGGUCCGAUCUGUUCUUACCUGAUUCCACACUGUUGUAAAGCACACACUCUCUCCAUAAACCCGUGCUACUCCAAACCCUUCUCCAUAAUAAAAAUAAAAAGCGACUAAGUUCUUUAAAGAUUUAUCGUAAAUUAACUGAAACGCGCUGUGAAAAUUUUCCCAAACGGAUUGGAUUGAUCUGUUAAGUUUUUAUUUUUCUUGUUUCCAAAAAAACCAAACAUGGUUGAAAAAUUGAUAUAGACAAGCAUAAUCCCUCCCACUAAACCGUAACUACUAAAACAAAAGCAAACUUGCAUUCAUAAACAGACUAUUCAUGCAAGCACCACUAAGUAUAUAUGUCCACAUUAUUAACACUAACAACAUUAGGUUAAUCCAUUUCAUAAAACAUUAAAUCUUCUUAUUAACUAAUAUUUUCCGCUUAUUAGAAUAAAGAAAACAUGAAUGACCUUUUGGCUAGCAAAUCCUUCGUCUCACGCAAUGGCUCGCCGGACGACCAUGUCAUCGAAAUCAACCCUGGCGCGGCGGGAGCCACCCUAGACCAAUUCUUCGCCGACGUGGAGGCGACGAAAGAUGAAAUGAAGAAUCUAGAGAACAUUUUCCAGAGCCUCAAAAGCCUCAACGAAGAGAGCAAAACCCUUUACGACGCCACCGCCGUGAAGGACCUCCGUUCACGUAUGGACGCUGACGUGGCACUUGCCCUCAAGAAAGCCAAGUUCAUCAAGCUCAAGCUGGAGACCCUCGAAAGUUCCAACGCCUCCUCCCGCCGCGUCCCCACCUGUGGGCCUGGCUCCUCCUCCGACCGCACACGGAUGUCCGUCGUGCAUGGGCUGAAGAUGAAGCUGAAGAACUUCAUGGACGCCUUCAAUGGGCUCAGGAACCAGAUCUCGGCAGAGUAUCGGGACACAGUACAGCGCCGGUAUUUCACUAUUACCGGCGAGAAACCCGAUGAGAAGACCGUUGAGAUAUUGAUCUCCACGGGUACAGAAUGCUUAAUUGUUUGUGGCAACGCUCUGCUUUUUAAAGCUCUUUUUGGUUUUGGAUCACAAAAUAAUAUUUUUUGCCACCGUGAGAGUGAGUCACUUGUACAAAAAGCCAUAGAAGAACAUGGAAGGGGAAGAAUAGUGGAGACAUUGAAGGAGAUAGAGGAGAGGCACGAUGCAGUGAAAGAGAUAGAGAGGAGGCUGAUGGAGUUGCAGCAAGUGUUCUUGGACAUGGCAGUGUUGGUGCAAUCUCAAGGGGAACGACUUAAUGACAUCGAAAGCUUUGUCACAAAAGCUAACUCCUUCGUGGAGAGCGGUACUCGGCAGGUGGAGGUGGCGGUGAAGACCCAGAAGAGUACCCGCAAAUGGACAUGCUGUGCCAUUAUCCUUAUUAUUCUCAUCAUCUUCCUCCUCCUCUUUCUCCUCAAACCAUGGCAACCUAAUAAGGGAGCUCAACUCACCCAUGUUGCUCCUAAAACUUUAUAG